GGAGCGCCGCGCCGCAGCCGUGCCCAGGCGCCGGGGAAGAUGCUGCUGCCGCGGCUGGUCCUGCCCGGCUGACGCCCCGCCGCUCCCGCCGCCGCCGCACCCCCGUCCCCAUUGUCCCCCGGCCGCCUCCGGCUCCAUGAGCGCCUCCUCCUCCCUCCUCCUCUGAGCUUCCCGCCCUCCACCUCAUGGCUGCAUCGGAAGAAGGGACCGGCUGCUUUCUCCCGCGAGGCAGGUCGCAGAGUGACCCCAGCAUCCUCACGGAGCCCGCGGGCCCCGGGGAGCACCCAGAUGAGAUGGAGCAGUCCCCUGCAGUGCGUUCUGACUACUUGGUCUCAGGGAUUCGAACUCCACCAGUGAGGAGGAACAGCAAACUGGCAACACUGGGCAGGAUCUUCAAACCGUGGAAGUGGAGGAAAAAGAAAAAUGAGAAGCUAAAGCAGACAUCUGCAGUGCUGGAGAAGAAGAUGACAGCACGGCAAGGGAGGGAUGAACUCAUUAAGAAAGGCCUUCUGGAGAUGAUUGAGCAAGAUACUGAAGGCAAAGCCUGCACUGGUGACGAUGGCACGAGGGUGACACAGAGCGAGGCUCCAGCAGCUGUGUGCCAGGCACUCACCUCAGAGGAGGAGCAGCAGGACACCACAACUGCAGCCACAACGAAUGUGACCUCCUUUGGUGAGGAGCUGCACUUGGAUGAGCUGAAAGAAGAUGCAGCCAAGAAACCUUCAGCACCCACGGAAGAACUGGAAGAUGCCAGCCUGCCAGCGUCUGAAGACAGUCCACAAGCCUUACUUGUACCCGAAUCCACAGAUUCCCCCCAGAAGCAGACAGAAAGAAACCCAGCACAGCUUCCCAGCCCUCCAUUGCUCCCAGCUCCACCACCUAAGGCAAUCUCCAAAAUCACCAAGAGCAUAACAGGAAGCGAAACGGACGAUCCAGCCAUGAAAUCUCCUCCUUCCACCAUCCUGAAGAACUAUGUCAUUGUGGGUUCCUCCCAAAUCUCAGGACAAGCUGCCCUCUUCCACCCCUCUGGCCAGAAAAGCUGCGAGCCCCAUGGCAGAGGCCAGGUAACAACGCCCACCGGGUCCCCUCACCUGGCUGCCGUUCAUCUGCCUUUACCUCCCAGCAGAGUCAUUGAAGAACUCCACAGGGCUCUGGCCACCAAACACCGGCAGGACAGCUUCCAUGGAAGAGAAAGCAAAGGCUCUCCAAAAAAAAGGGUGGAUGUCCGUCCCUCGAGAACGUCGAGUAUGGAGCGCAACAAGGAGAAGGAGAACUCGCUGAGUUAUGGCAGUGACUCAGAAAACAAGAGGAACUCGGUUAAAGAGUCUGAUGAGAACAAAGAAAACAUGAUCAUGAACUCAGAGCUCAAGGAAGAGUCUGUUUUUUAUCAGGAUGAAGAAGUUCUGAAUGACUCUGUUAUUUCUGGUACUUUGCCAAGAAAAUGCAAGAAAGAGCUGCUGGCAGUGAAGCUACGGAACAGACCGAGCAAGCAGGAGCUGGAAGACAGGAAUAUUUUCCCAAGGAGAACAGAUGAGGAGAGACAGGAAAUCCGGCAGCAAAUUGAAAUGAAACUCUCAAAGCGACUCAGCCAAAGACCCGCUGUUGAGGAGCUAGAAAGAAGGAAUAUACUGAAACAACGAAAUGAUCAAACGGAACAGGAGGAGAGGAGGGAAAUCAAGCAGAGACUGACAAGAAAGCUUAACCAGAGACCUACAGUUGAUGAACUGAGAGACAGAAAGAUCCUGAUUCGAUUCAGUGAUUAUGUGGAAGUGGCAAAAGCACAGGACUACGACAGGAGAGCAGAUAAACCAUGGACACGACUGUCAGCAGCAGACAAGGCAGCAAUUCGGAAGGAGCUGAAUGAAUACAAAAGUAAUGAAAUGGAGGUUCAUGCAUCCAGCAAACAUUUGACAAGAUUUCACAGGCCAUAGAAAUUUUCUUCUGAGAAGAAUCUGUCUUUACCUUUUGAUAUUGCUGCUGAGCACACAUCAGGGAACCCUGAAGCCUUUCCCUGAGGUUCAGUGCAGGCUCCCUGGCCGUUGAUGUGACAGAAGGACUCUGCAGUGGAGCCUCUGCAGCCCUUGGGGACAGACGCCAGCCCCGAGCUCCGGAGGCAGAAGAGCCUGGCCUGAGGAGUGGGACAAGCUGCUGAAAGGACUGAAGUGAAGCUGCUUGGAAGAGCCUCCUCCUCUCCUUUCCCAGCUGGGUGGAACUGGUGUGCAGGCUGCCUUGGAAAAGGAGAUGUUGUGCAUGUACAGGCUUUACCAUUCCAAGGCCUCUGACAUAAAUGGACGUGACGCUCUGUCAUCCAGUAUUACGUUGACAAGACAUUUUGAACUUACCACAAUUAGUUUGUAAAACACCUAAGUUCAUGUUCUAAAAACUAAUUUAAUGUAUUAUAAUUUCAUUCUUUUUUAUAUACUGUCUAACAGAAUCACAGCUGCAAGCAUUUUUGAUUCCUGUUACUUUUGUUCUUUAAUUAAAUGACUACUUAUUGCAGGAAAUGAA